CCUGCCGAGCACAGAUAGCAUGUCUGGAUAAUGAGCGGCCUGUAGGCGCAAAGUAAUCCCAGAAAAGUGCCUAAAGUUGACUUUUCUCCUUCACCCGUGACUCUUGGACGUGUGUAAAAUGUCUGGGCUUCAGGAUCUUUCAGAUAUCCAGCAGCUGGUGGUGAUAAAAGAAGAGUAUCUCGCUGAGCACCAGGAGAGGAGCUCCAGUCCAAACCAAGAGGAGCCACCAGAACCAGCACACAUUAAAGAGGAACAGGAGGAACUGUGGAUCAGUCAGGAGAGAGAGCAGCUUCAAGGAGCAGAGGAGGAUGAUAUCAAGGUGUUCAUAUUCAAUCCUGUCACGGUGAAGAGUGAAGAAGAGGAUGAAGAGGAACAUCAGACCUCACAGCUUGAUGAAAUCCAAAGUGAAGAGAACAGAGAUAGGGAGCAUUUGAAAACAGAAGCUGGCAGAGAGGACUGUGGAGAAUCAGAGGCAGACAGAGACUUUCAUACUACUGACAGUCCUUCAGACCUUUCUGGGUCUGAUACUGAUGACAGUGCUGAUUGGGAGGAGAGUGAUGAAGCUCAUGAAGGCUUAAAGCCUUUGCAAAACAAAAACAUAACUGUAAAUGAUGUGAUUUGUAACACUGGAUACCCAUCAUUUUGCUCAUCUGAAAUUGGAAAGAAGAAACAAUUGCAGAGAAACGAAGAAGCCCAGACAGGAGAGAAAAAAUUUUGUUGCUCAGUUUGUAAAAAACGUUUUAGAUUUAGACAAAGGUUGGCGUCACACAUGAGGGUCCACACAGGAGAGAAACCAUAUAGCUGUUCACUUUGUCCAAAAAGAUUUGCUCAUAAAUCAAACUUGAAGCAUCACUUGACUGUCCAUACAGGGGAGAAACCAUUUAGCUGUUCAGUUUGUCAUAAAAAGUUUUCCAGACAAGGAGGUCUGAAGGCGCAUUCAGUUGUCCACACAGGAGAGAAACCAUUUUGCUGUUCAGUUUGCCAGAAAAGGUUUUCCAGACAAGGAAGUCUGAAGGAACAUAUGAUUGACCACACAGGUGAAAAACCAUUUAGCUGUUCAAUUUGUCAGAAAACAUUUUCUUAUGAAGUACACCUUAAGACACACCUGGCUGUCCACACUGGGGAGAAACCAUUUAACUGUUCUGUUUGUCAUAAAAAGUUUUCCCAACAAGGAAGUCUGAAGAACCACUUGGUUGUUCACACAGGGGAGAAACCAUUUAGCUGUUCAGUUUGUGGGAAACGGUUUUCUUACAAAGGACAUGUGAAGCGACACUUGUCUGUCCACAAUGCAGCGACACUGUUUACUUGCUCAGUUUGCGGUAAGAGUUUUAAUGGAAGUGGUGGUCUAAAAAGACACUCAAUUGUUCACACAAGAGAGAAACCUUUCAGGUGCUCAGAUGAAUGAAACCUUUAUUAACCCCAAGGGACUUUGUCUUGUGCAAAGGUAAUCAAUUUUCAGAGCUUCUUUGGCAGCUGAAUGCUCCUGGUACUGCAUGAAUUUUGACAGCUUUUUUAAAUUUUAGUCUUAGUCUUUUGAUUACAUGUCUUUAAGUUUUAAUCAAAUUAUAUUUUGACCUACCCUUUAUAGCUUUGGUUGACAUAAUCUCCAAAACAUUUUAGUCUACUUUUAGUCCAUACAAAGUUCUUAUAUUUUAGUCUUUACUGUAUUUUGAAACUUACAAGCAUGUGUUCUCUUGCCUAAAUUUGGUACCAAGUCAUGUUAGUGUGUUCUAUGUACACUGCCAAACCUGGGGCCCCUGUUCUAUACUGCUAAGAGGCAGAAGAGAUGCAGAUGCAUUGUUUUUAUUGACAGAUUUACCCACAAUGGAAAAACGUUAAGGAUUUUUUAAUGUUUGACAGAAACUAAAUUUACUUUUUUGUCCAUUUUAGUCAUCAUAGAUCUAUCGUUGGCUAGUCUUAGUCUAGGUUUUGUCAUGGAAAAAAAGGCUGUCGACAAUUUUUUUUAGUCAUAGUUUGGGUUUACGAAAUUAACACUACUGUGGUACAAAUUAUGUGAUGCCUCUGUUUGUUUGUUUGUUUUUUGUUUUGUUUUGUUUUGUUUUUCUUGAGCAUUCUGUAUCUGUGUCAUGAGGUUAGGAGUUCAUGUUCAGACCAGAGGGGAUGUUGUGUGUCUGCUAUCAUUUUGGUUUGUGUUAAAAUAUUCCAGAAGAAGAUAACCAUGUAUUGUCACGUUCUACUCCAUUCAUCAGAAAAACCUUUUAGCGGCUCAGUUUGGGCUAUAGGGUUGCGUUAUUUUAUCAGCAUAUUGCUAUCAGCAGAUAUUAGCGUAAAAAGUUAAAUACCGUAUUGCAGAAAUGAACAUUUUGGCCGAUAUAUCAGCCAUACAUAUCAGCAGUACACAUCAUAUAUUGGUAAAGGUAAUUGCUCACGAGAAAUUCAUGAGGCAUUCAUGAAGCCUUUCAGGUUUUAUGUGAAGCCCCAAACAGUCUCAGUCUUCUUGGUCCUCAUCCCGAGAGCCUGUUUCAUCUUAGUGUUCCAUGGUUUUUGCAACUGCAUCGGAGGAAAUGUCAAAGUUCUUGAAAUUAUCUGGAUGGCUGACCUUCAUGUCUUAAAGUAGUGAUGGACUCUCCUUUCUCUUUACUUUUUUUAAUUGGUUUCUGCCAUAAUAUGGACCAGAACGGUGUUCAAAUAGCACCAUUUACUUUGUAGAAUUUUGCACCAGCCCUAUCUUUGCACACCAAAACUAAUGGUCUCAAAUACAUGAAGAGGGCAAGAAAAUCCCCAAAUUAAA